AUGGCGGCUGCCCCGCUAUACUGUGUCUGCCGGCAGCCUUAUGAUGUUAACCGGUUUAUGAUCGAAUGCGACAUCUGUAAGGACUGGUUUCACGGCAGUUGUGUUCAGGUUGUGGAGCAUCAUGCUGCUGAUAUCGAUGUUUAUCAUUGUCCAAACUGUGAGCCCAUCCAUGGACCCUACAUGAUGAAAAAGCAUAACAACUGGCACAGGCAUGACUACACAGAGCCAAAUGAUGGCACAAGGCCUGUGCAGGCAGGAACUGCUGUGUUUGUGAAGGAACUCCAGGCCAGGAGUUUCGCCAGCGGUGAUAUUGUGGUGCAGAUGCAGGGAAAUCAGGUGACCAAACGCUUCUUGGAGAGAGAGGGCUUCAGUUACCCUAUAGUGGUGCAUGACCUGGAUGGAUUAGGGCUGAAACUGCCCCCUCCAUCAUUCUCUGUCAGCGAUGUGGAGCAUUAUGUUGGUGCAAAUAAAGUCAUCGACGUGAUUGAUGUGGCGAAACAGGCAGACAGUAAGAUGAAGCUGGGAGAGUUUGUCAAAUAUUACUACCAACCUGACCGGCCCAAAGUGUUGAAUGUUAUCAGCCUGGAGUUCUCUGAUACAAGGAUGUCAAAUCUGGUGGUGGUUCCUGAUAUCGCUCGAAAGAUGUCCUGGGUUGAAAACUACUGGCCUGAUGACUCGUUCUUCCCCAAACCGUUUGUGCAGAAGUAUUGCCUCAUGGGAAUGAAAGACAGCUAUACAGAUUUCCACAUCGACUUUGGAGGAACUUCAGUGUGGUAUCAUGUACUUUGGGGGGAGAAGAUUUUCUACUUGAUCAAGCCCACAAAGGCUAACCUUGCACUAUAUGAGGCCUGGAGCUCCUCUCCUAAUCAAAGCGAAGUUUUCUUUGGGGAAAAAGUUGACAAGUGUUACAAAUGCGUGGUGAAGCAGGGAACUACCAUCUUACUGCCUACUGGCUGGAUUCAUGCUGUUCUCACUUCUCAGGACUCGAUGGCGUUUGGAGGAAACUUCUUGCAUAACUUAAACAUAGACAUGCAGCUCAGGUGUUAUGAGAUGGAGCGCAGACUGAAGACUCCAGAUCUCUUUAAGUUCCCAUAUUUUGAGGCCAUCUGCUGGUAUGUGGCCAAAAACCUGCUGGAGACUCUUAAAGAACUGCGUGAAGAUAAAUGUGAAGCUCAGGGUUUUCUGGUGGACGGAGUGAAAGCUUUAAUCUCCUCACUGAAGAUGUGGUUGAGGAGGGAGCUCACUCAGCCUAACAGUGAAGUGCCAGACAACAUCAGACCAGGACACCUCAUUAAAGCUCUGAGCAAAGAGAUCCGACACCUUGAGGAUGAUUCCAAUAAAGCUGUGAAAACUCAGGGAAGUGCUGAGUGUUCUUUAACUCGCUCAACACUGGAGAAAGGAGAUCAAGACCGAAGGGCUGCUCGACGACUGCAAGAUCAUCAUCACCACAGACGCCGCCACCAUCACCACCAUCAUCAUCACCACCACCACCAUCAUCAUCACAGCCGAAAAAUGCCCUCAAACCUGGACGUGCUGGAGCUCCACACGCUGGAAGUGUUGAAGAGAUUGGAGGUUGGCCAGCUGAAGGAGGACCCGACCUUUAGCUCCAAAGUCAACGGCAAGUUAAAGAAAGUGUGUCCGGUGCCUGCUGUGGCGGUGGAGGCCAGUCAUGAUAAUGCCCUGCGGCUGGUUAUGUGCAAUGGAAAGAUUAUUCGGGAGAGGUUGCCCAUCACUAAUGUGGCAGCAACAGUCGACGCCGUGGAAAUAUAUCAUAAACACAGGAUAAAGCUGGAAAGAAUCCCAAUGUGUCCAGAAGAAAAAGUAAAAAAGGAAAAGUGUGAGGAUGAAUUUGGUGUACAGUGUACUAUAAAGAAAGCAGUCAGUCAAGGUGAAAGUGUGCAGACAGAACUCAGGACGGAGUCGCCACACGCAGCGUCUUCAGACAGCGACUCAAAGGCGGGUGAUUCUGCUGAGAAGUGUUCAUCGGAGUCUGAGAGUUCAGAUGGAGAGGAUGGAGGAUGCCAGAGAGACUCAGGGACUUUUGUGGAGCAUCUAAGCAGCCACCGGCACAGCCACCAUAAGCAAACAUUAAAACGUGAACGUCCUACCUCACCCAACACUGACUGUGCCAUUCAGGGCAUGCUGUCGAUGGCGGGUCUGCUGUGUCCGCAGGCAUCAGGAGGAGCGGCUGAUAUUUUACAGCAGCGCUGGUGGGCCAGUCAGGGUAACGGCAGCAGCACCAGCAGCAGCAGUGACGCGUGGGACAGCAGUGAACCCUGUUCAGCCCCCCGCAGCCCAGAUGCAGAGGAUGGCAGUCUGGGAGAGGAGUAUUCAUACAGAGAGAGCUCGCUUUCUCCUCCACUGCACCCCUCCAAACGACACGCGCCAAACCCCACACCCAUCAGCAACCAGGCCACUAAAGGAAAGCGUCCUAAGAAAGGACAGGCGACGGCUAAACAGAGGCUUGGAAAGAUCUUGAAAAUGAGCCGUCAUAAAGGCUUAUUCCUGUAGCAUGAUGGAGAAAAAACAAGACACGGCUGCUUUUCUUGAUGCGCUGGGAUUAUUUUCACACUCACUCACUGUGCAUGUUUAGGCAACAGGGUAUGAUCACUUUUUUUCACCAAUCAAUCACCAAAAAAACACAUCAAUUAGUGUAAGAAAACAGCUUUACUUUGGCCAACGUCGCAACAUGAACAGCUUAGAGUCUCCAAAGGAAGCACAGAAGUGGACGGAAAAGAGUGUGUAUGUGCGUGCUUGUGUGUCCUAAACUAAGGCCUCUUCUGUCCCUCAUCUUUACCUCAAUUGACGUGUGUAGCAUGAAGCCGAUGGUCUUCCUCAUCCCUCAACGGAACGGCACUCCAUUGGACCCUCAGUUCCUCCUCCAGUCGUCCUCAAUCUGUGUUUUUCCUCCUCUUCUGAUCGUCUCAGGCUGAUGUGUGAGCUUUUUUGAAAUGGUGCUGAACAUUUAUACAUCCUUCUCCCAACCCCUCGUGUCCCUCUUUAAGCAAUAAUUGUACAGCAGUAAGUGGUGUUGAGGAUUUUAGUGGGCCGCACUUUUAGGAUGCAGGAAAAAAAGAAUCCUCUUGUGGUGGACGAUGGUCUUGGUUAGGAAAUCAAGGAGUUUUUUUGAUUUCUUUGAUUUGACUGUGUUGAGCUUUAUUCUUUAUUUGUUGGUCUUUCUUAUGUGGUUUAAAGCAAUGUUUCUUAACCACGUUCCUGGAGGACCACCAGUUCUGCACAUUUGCCAUGUCACCAAACACACCUGAUUCAGAUCAUCAGCUCGUUAGCAGAGACUGAAAGACUUGUAUUGGGUGUGACAGACAAAGGACACAUCCAAAACAUGCAGUGUUGGUGGUUGAGAAACACUGGUUUAAAGAAAAAUUCUGAUAUUUUGGUGCUAUUUUUUUUCUAAACAAUUUUAUUGGUAAAUAUUGAGCUUGUUCUCCUAAGUUUGUAAAUUUUUUGCCUUAUUUGGUUUAAAUAGAUGAUUCAAAUAUAUAUAUAUAUAGACAUACACACACAUGAUAACAGUCCUUUUGUUGGAACUGCAACAAUUUUGGUUAAAAAUAAUAUCCCAAAAGUUUGUGGUAAAACUGAUCAAAUACAAUAUAAUUUUCCUUUAUUCAGCAUUUUCCUUCAUUUUUAAUCUCUGAAGAGACAAAUAUUUGGGGAAAAGCAGCUACAGUAAAUUUAACUAUACCUCAGUUAGUAAAAAAUGCUGGUUUAUUUUAGCAAAAGUUAUUUUUUUAAUCCAGAAAGUUAAUGGAAACCUGGAAUAUUUCUUUUACACUGAAAAUUGAUACUACUAAAUAUAUAACUACACAAUUUUCCUCUUUUUAUUGGUUAUUUGAAAAAAAUAUUCCUUUUUCGUUUAAUAAAAUUGAGGAAAAUCUGCUUGCAAUGAAAAUCUAUUGUGUUUCAAGUGCAUUAGAUUGACACAUUACCACAGAUUUUUGUAUUAUUAUUAUUAUUUGUGGUUAAUUUUAUAUCACAAAUGGUACUGGAAACCUGAAAUCCUCCUUUGACACUGUGAAAAUCUGCAAGUCUCUAUUGUAUUUGAGCCCAAAAGAGAGAGCUCCUGCAUCCUCAAGUGCCGCUGUUGCUCAGAUAUGCUGUAUAUGUGAUGUAGUUUGUCACGUGAUUGACAAUGAUCUUCGGCUCAUUCUGCAUAAUUUAUCCUCUGAUACGUUUUUGUUGAUUUGCUUGACUUAUUUAUUCAUUUCAAAGCUAUAAGGAUUCAUAUUGCAUUCUGAGUUUCUUGAUUUAGUUUUUCAUCAUUGCAUUGACUAGUUCUGUAAAUAGGAGUUUUAAUUUUGAAUGUUACAAAUACACGAGGAAUGAGCUUUUGUUUAGGUUCAGCUUUAUGGAUUUUUGUAGUUUGAUGCUACUUUAAAAAGACAAUUGUUAAAUUUACCUCGAAAACAAAAUGUUAGUGCAGAUUGACUUUGAAUAAUGUUGCUUUUUUUUUGUUCUUGUCUUUAUAACUUGUUGAAACAGGAUAAAAGAUUUCAGUGGGAACAAAACAAACAGAAAAAAAAUGUGGUGCUUGUUUGUGAAUUUCUAAGAGAGGCUAUGAAACGUUUUCUCAGGGAACAUCGAACGGGUGACAUCUUUGAAUUCACCAGCACUGUUGUUCAGUCUCGUUUUGUACGGAUUUGCCAACAAAUGUAUAUAUUUCACAUUUAAUUUCUUUUUUUUUAUUUUUGGGCAGUCUGCUGGAUUUAAAUCCCAGAUUCAGUACAAAAUUGGGUCCCAAUGUAAAGUAUACAACGUUUGUGUGACUCAGAACAGCCCAAACAAGUAUUCUUGACUGUUGUUUAAAAGGUCUGUUGGUUCAGUAAGCAGAUAUGCACUAUUUUGGAUCCACAGGACACGAGAUGGAUGCUGAAACUCAGGCUUUGUUACAGUUUUGAGUUUUAUGAUGAAAAAUGUUCCCACUUGUUCUCAAUGUAGAUGGACACGCAAAACCCUACUAGUUGGUCAGACAGGUUUUCUUUGCUUUGACAUAUUCAUUGUACAGUAUUUAUUAAGCUUGAGCAUUCAUUUCCAGUUUGGACUGUGGUAUAAACUUCUGUUUUUUUUUCUGUCCCUGA